GUUUACAGCAUAACGUUUACGCAUUUACGGCAGAAGGUGCUAACAACAAAGUUAGGUUAUUAUUACUCUACAGCACUGUGCUAUCGGUCACGCACAGCCCUACUGGCGUAUUGGCCAUCUACUACGUAUUUGCUCCUGCGUCAGGUGUUUGGGAGCAUCCUCUUGGGUCCCCCUUGGUGCAUGCGUGUCCAAGGGCUGAUCUGACAUGUUGCUUUCCAGCGCUGUGUCAUGUAUACCUACUGGCGUAUUGGCCAUCUACUACGAUGUUUGAUUCCAUUAUCGAUGAAUACUUUAACACAACACAAUCCAGCAAUUGGUCAAUUCCAUCGGUCUUGAAAUAUGUGGAAUCCAAGCGCUAUCUAUAUGUUGAUGAUAUCAGUAUCCUCAAGAGUGAGGUCUAUGCAGUGCUACGACGCCACCAAAAUCGGACGAAUAUGCAACAAAGGGCCGUUAGCAAACUGGAGAAGCUUUUGAACAAUUACGAUAGGCUUUUCAGUGCAAAAGAGAUCGAACAAUUUAUCAAUGACCUUAAAAAAAAAGAGGAGGAGAAGGAUCUCUACACAUCGAUACGUCGAAACGUGACUGUUGCCUACAACGUGGAAGCAAAAAAAGAUCAUCACCAGAAUAAGGCGACGUUAAGGAAAUUGCAUGAUGAAGAAGAUCAGGUCAGUAAGCCGAGUAGCUCGAACGACCAGGAAAGCGACACAGAAAGGCAAGAUGAAAUCACAAGUGAUGUUGUAUCAGACGCCUCUGACCUUUGUGAUGACCAAAUGCGUGAGUUGGAUGAUAUAGAAGAACUUGAAGCAUUUGGAAAUAAAAGAAAGGACAGCUCUGAGGAGAAGUGGACUCUUUCUACAAGGAAAGAUGUUUAUAUGGUUUUAAAUGAGUUCAGAUCAAAAAUCCGACCAACAAAGGCUCACCUAUAUCCUGCGUACUUUGGGAUUCUUGAUCUGUCUGGUGAAGAACCCGAAGUUAAGGAAUUGUUUACCAUUGAAGAAUGGACUGAAAUGCAGGCAGACUUCAGCAAGACAGUGGUGCUUAAGGAAAUGGACUCAAAGGAAGAGGAGUUACUCUAUAACUUGUUUGACAAAAUUGAAGAGGUGCUUAAGAGAAAAUCAGAUGAUAUCGUCACAGAUAUAGAAGAAUGUAUCAUUAAGGGAUAUCCAAAAAUAAAUGUAAUACGGAGACUGAUACAAACAUAG